AUGAAGAAGCUGUGUGCUUUCACUAUUGUCUUUUUUUCCCUGAAGUUUUCUUUCAUCUUGUGCAGCUUGACUGAACCCAGUUGCUUUUGGAGAAUAAAGAGGAGUGAAGAUAAUGAUGGAGAUUUGCGAAGUGACUGUGGUUUUGUCCUUUUUACACUCGAGAGCCCUAUUGAAGAAAAUUUUUAUAAUAGCAUUAUUAAUUUUAGAAUAUCAGCAAGAAAAUACGAGUUUUUUCUGGUAAUGUUUUUUGCUACUGAUGAGAUCAACAAGAAUCCUUAUCUUUUACCCAACAUGUCUUUGAUAUUCUCCCUUGGUGAUAGAAUGUGUGAAGAUACAUUGGGAGUUCUGGAUCAAAUAUAUUCACAACAAAACAAUAGUUGGCAUUUUAUUAAUUAUAUCUGUGGACUAGAGCACCAUUGUGACAUAGGUCUUACAGGGCCAUCAUGGACCACAUCCUUAAAACUGACGAUUCAUUCCAGGACUCCAAAGGUUUUCUUUGGACCACUUAACUCUAACCUAAGAGACCAUGAGCAGUUUCCCUAUGUCCAUCAGAUAGCAAUCAAAGACACAUGUUUGCCUCAUGGCAUGGUAUCCUUGAUGCUUCAAUUUGGAUGGACUUGGGUAGGACUGAUCAUCUCAGAUAAUGACCAGGGUAUUCAGUUUCUCUCAGACUUGAGAGAAGAAAUGCAAAGGCAUGGGAUCUGUUUGGCUUUUGUGAAUAUGAUCCCAGAAACCAUGCAGAUAUACAUGACAAAAGCUAAGAUAUAUGACCAACAACUUAUGACAUCAUCAGCAAAGGUUGUUAUCAUUUAUGGUGAAAUGAACUCUACUCUAGAAGUCAGCUUUAGAAGAUGGGCAUAUUUAGGUGCACAAAGAAUCUGGGUCACUAACUCACAAUGGGAUGUCAUCAUAAAUAAAACAGAUUUCAGCCUUGAUUUCUUCCAUGGGACUGUCACUUUUGCACACCACCACAGUGGGAUGACUAUAUUUAGGAAUGUUAUGCAAACAAUAAGCACUUCCAAGUACCCAGUAGACAUUUCUCAGUCUAUGCUAGGGUGGAAUUAUUUUAAUUGUUCAAUCUCUGACAAUAGACAUAGCAAAAUGGAUCAUUUUACAUUCAACAAUACAUUAGAAUGGUUAGCACUGCACAACUUUGACAUGGUCCUGAGUGAAGAAGGUUACAAUUUGUAUAAUGCUGUGUAUGCUGUGGCCCACACCUACCAUGAACUCAUUUUACAACAAGUAGAGUCUAAGAAAGUGUCAGAACCCAAAGGAUUAUUCAGUGACUGUCAGCAGGUGGCUUCCCUGCUGAAAACCAGGGUAUUUACUAACCCUGUUGGAGAACUGGUGAACAUGAGUCAAAGGGAAAAUCAGUGUGCAGAGUAUGACAUUUUCAUCAUUUGGAAUUUUCCGGAGGGCCUUGGAUUAAAAGUGAAAAUAGCAAGCUAUUUUCCUUGUUUCCCACAUGAUCAACAACUUCGUAUAUCUGAAGACUUGGAGUGGGCCACGGAAGGAACAUUGCCUCAGGUUCCAUCCUCCAUGUGUAGUGUGACAUGUAUUGCUGGAUUCAGGAAAAUUCAUCAGAAACAAACAGCAGAAUGCUGCUUUGAUUGUGUUCAGUGCCCAGAAAAUGAGGUUUCCAAUGAGACAGAUAUGGAACAGUGUGUGAGGUGUCCAGAUGAUAAAUAUGCCAACUCAGAGCAGACCUACUGCCUCCAAAGAGCUGUGACAUAUCUGGCUUAUGAAGAUUCACUGGGGAUGGCUCUAGGCUGCAUGGCCCUGUUCUUCUCAGCCACUACAAUUCUAGUACUAGUCACUUUUGUGAAGUACAAGGAUACUCCCAUUGUGAAAGCCAAUAACCGCAUUCUCAGCUACAUCCUGCUCAUCUCUCUCAUCUUCUGUUUUCUCUGUUCAUUGCUCUUCAUUGGACAUCCCAACAAGGCCACCUGCAUCCUGCAGCAGACCACAUUUGGAGUGUUUUUCACUGUGGCUGUUUCUGCAGUGUUGGCCAAAACAGUAACUGUGGUCAUGGCUUUUAAGCUCACUACUCCAGGGAGAAGGAUGAGAUGGAUGCUGGCCUCAGGGGCACCUAACUUGGUCAUUCCCAUUUGUACCCUAAUCCAACUUGUUCUCUGUGGAAUCUGGUUGGUAAUAUAUCCUCCCUUUAUUGACAGAGACAUACAAUCUGAGCAUGGGAAGACCAUCAUUAUUUGCAACAAAGGCUCAGUCAUUGCCUUCCACUUUACCCUGGGAUACUUGGGCUCUUUGGCUCUGAUGAGCUUUGCUGUGGCAUUCUUGGCUAGGAACCUUCCUGACAGAUUCAAUGAAGCCAAGUUCCUAACAUUCAGCAUGUUGGUGUUCUACAGUGUAUGGAUCACCUUCCUUCCUGUCUACCACAGUACCAGAGGGAAGGUUAUGGUAGUUGUGGAGGUCUUUUCCAUUUUGGCUUCUAGUGCAGGGUUGCUAGGGUGUAUCUUUGUGCCAAAGUGUUAUGUUAUUUUAGUUAGACCAGAUUUAAAUUUUCUUCAGAAGUAA